AACCUCAACGGCUCCCUCCCCUCCCCGUGUUCCUCCCAUGCCCCUGCCUCCCCGCGUGCGCCUCAUAAAUCACCAUCUGAACAACAUGUGUUUUGCGUGAGCACUCACAGAACAUGAGAAUGAGAGAAAUUUAGGACGAGAUUGGAGGCACUUGGCGAGGUUAUAGAGAAGCUCUUUCCGCCUUCUCCAAUACCCUCCUCCUGGCUCUGUCGCUUGCUCGCUUGCUCCCUGAGCUGCUACGCGGACUCCGUCAUCAAAACACACAGUGAGGCGUGCUGGAGCGCUCACUCCCUUCAGCUUGUGGACGCACACACAGUCUCACACUGGAGCCAACACUCAAGAUGCAGCAGCAAGAUAGAAUGUCUUCUGAUUCCCUUUCAGAUGUGAGGUGUCCAUCGAGACACUGGAUGUCACGCGGUCACUCCUAUGAAGAGCAAACUGUGUGGAACCCGAAGUACUGUGUGGUAGCUGACUGUCAGAUGCUGCUUCUGAAUGAGGAGGAGAUCCAUCCCUUGUUUUUGCAGGAGAGGCGCUCUGCAUCAGGCAAGGUCCAUCUCCUUCGACGCACCAUCAGCGUUCCCGUGGAGACACAGUUUCCCGAGUUCCACAGCCAGCUGUCCACUGGGAGCGGUGAGUAGCCCGAGGACAUUCCUCUGCAGUGUUUAAGCAGACACGCACGCACGCACACACACACACACACACACACACACGCACAUGCACACAUUCAGAUACUGCAAAAACUUUAAUAGAAUCCUUGAAACCGUUUAAUUUAAAUUAGAAUAAUUAAUGAACUUGAAAUGAAAUUCGAAACACUUCCUUAAC